GAGAGAUAAUGUGUGUGUGUCAGAGAGAGAGGGAGAGACGGGGCCAGACAUGGACACUAGAUCAGGCUUGAAUUGUAAAGUCCUCCUGAAUUGAAGAAGUGCAGCUUCAAAUUGACCACACAUACGGGAUUAUUAUGCCCAGCGCCAACAUAUCCGUGCGAAGUUUAUCUGAAGUGGAGAAAUACCUCAGCAGCCGGAUGGACCGGAGUACCGAGGGCAAUUCUCCAAACAUCACUAUGUCGCUGCGCCGGGGUUCUUCAGUGAACAAUCUCGAUCUGGACCUGAGUGAUGGAGGUCCUGGACCAACUCCAGGCUUCGAGGUCCAGCGUAGUCGUUCUUGCUUGGACAACCUCCAGCAAAAAAUAUUGAAAGUCACAGAGCAGCUGAAGAUUGAGCAAACAGCGCGGGACGAGAAUGUAGCAGAGUACCUGAAGCUGGUGAACAGUGCGGACAAGCAGCAGGUGGGUCGCAUCAAGCAGGUGUUUGAGAAGAAGAACCAGAAGUCAGCUCAAAACAUCGCCCAAAUGCAAAAGAAGUUGGAACAGUACCAUCGUAAGAUGAAAGACAGUGAAAUCCAGCACAGCCCAUCCCCUCAGUCGUCCCGUAGCAAACACAGCACCAUACCCAGGGAGUCGCCCAGAGAGCUGCUGAGGGACAUGACUGGCAGUGGCCGACACCCAACCAUGGACAAGAUCAAGACUAUCGGACCAGGUGUUUCCCUCUCCCCUCCUUUCUUCUUCAGCAAGCCCAGAGAGUUCGCCAACCUCAUCAGGAACAAAUUCGGCAGUGCUGACAACAUUGCUCACCUCAAGACCACUAUGGACUCUUCCUCUCCUCUGCCCACUGACAGUGCAGGAAAGGGGUUGAGUAGCAGUACCUCUAUGGUGGGCAAGCCUAAGUAUCCCAGUGAUGAUGAGUGCUCCUCAGGGAGUGCUUCCAUUUCAGCAGACAGUAAUGGGAACCCAGUUGGGGGUGGAGUGUUAGCGGGGCAGGUGCAGACUCAGGGCCAGGGGCAAGGUCAGCAGACAGGGGGAGACAGCCAGGGCAGACUGGCUUUGAGCCUGGAGGAGAUGAGAGAGAUCAAAGAUGCCCAGAACCAGCUGGAGGAGGAUAUUGAGGAGAUAAAGGCUCAGUUCAAGAGAGAGUACGGCAUCAUCAGCCAAACAUUGCAGGAGGAGAGAUACAGGUAUGAACGUUUGGAAGACCAGCUGAACGACCUGACGGAGCUUCACCAACAUGAGAUGACUGAUUUGAAGCAGGAGCUGGCCAGCAUCGAGGAGAGGGUGGCCUACCAGGCUCAAGAAAGGGCCAGGGACAUACAGGAAGCUCUCGAGUCAUGUCAGACACGAGUGUCCAAGCUGGAACUCCAGCAACAGCAACAGCAGCAGACAGUCCAGCUCGAGACCCACGAUGCCCGAGUUCUGCUGGGGAAGACCAUCAACAUCAUGUUGGCCAUCAUCACCGUCAUCCUGGUGUGUGUCUCCACCGCUGCCAAGUUUGCCGCUCCACUGAUGAGGAGCCGGUACCAUGUGGUGGCUACCUUAUUGGGACUUUGCUUUUUGACCAUAUUCUGGAAGAACUGGGACCGGUUACAAUAUGCCAUAGACAAGGUGCUGGUCCCUGCCUGAGAGGACAGAGGAGUACACACUGAAAACAACAUUAACAUGGAUGCUGGCAGUUGUCAGGAUAGGACUGUGUCAGAAGAUUGGUUGUACAAUCGUCUGAGGACAUGAUCGCCAUGCAUUUACAGAGGUCACUGUGUUUUUAGAGUCAGACUGAAAUUACAUUUUUUGGUGAUUUUUUUUUUCUUUUGUCUUGAAGUUGAAUGUGUGUAGCUAACAAUUUAAUUUAACCUGAGAGAUCAUGUUUACUUAACAGUAUAUUUUGUUACUUUUUCCCCAAUGAUUGCUAUGAAAUCAUCAUAUUAAAUCAAUAGCUAACUGACCCUUCUUAUAAAGAAUUAGGAAGGGUGAAAAGAAGUGUAUUUCACAUGAGAGUAAACAUUGGGAGUCUUUUCCAUAGUUUUGGGACUAGUUUUUGAGGUAAAAUUUGGCAUUUCUCAUUUUGCUUCAGCCUCACUAUAACAUCUCUCAAACUGUUGCGAGCAUGCACAUACUAACAAAACCUCAAACUUGGUAUCUUUUGA